CAUCAAAAUUCAACAUGGAGUCUAAAAAUAGAAGUGCCGAAAUCCCGCUGUCCCAGUGAAGGAGUGAGGUCAGAUUUACAAUAUUAUUCAGGUGAACUGUUUUUCUUCCCGUUGGUAUAGAAUUUGUGUAUCUCGUCAUGAAACGGGGACGUGGAAGGCCACCGAAAAAUCCUAUUGUGUCAGCUGGAUACGUUUCUGUUGCAAAACGAAAAAAAACACUUCGAGAUGCGGGAAGUGCAUCGAGUUCGCGCUCCAGCACGCCGCUAAGUUGCUUGUCAACACCCUCAAGAGGCAGAACACCGCGAGCUGCAAGAACAAAUACUCGCGAAGCCGCAAAGAAAAGCAAGAAAUUAAUUGCUCAAGUUAUCGGAUUCGAAGAUAAAUCAGUUGUUUCUGAGCAUUGCCCGACAUCGGAGUUGGAAGACCAUGACAGUGAUUCAGAUUUCAUUGAAUCGGACUCCGAGAGUGUGUAUUCAGAAAGCAGCUUUCAAAGUUACAGCACGGUGAGUAGUACGCCGAGCAGAAGAAAGAAUCGCCUGCCAAGACCGCCGACACCACCGGGAUUACUGGAAGUAGAAAUCCCUCCCUUACAAUUGCCAUCAUCGUCUGAUGACUUGCUACUGGAUAAUAAUUUGGUGUUGACAGCGGUAAGCAUUUAUGAAACACUCAGACACUUCAAACAUCAACUCAGAUUGUCUCCAUUUAGAUUUGAAGAUUUUUGUGCAGCUUUACAAAGCCAAGAACAGUGUGCAUUAUUGGCUGAAACUCAUAUUUGUUUGUUGAAAGCCUUGCUCAGAGAGGAUGAAGGGAAUAGCACCACUUUUGGUCCACAUGACACCAAAGACAGCAUAAAUAUACAAUUGUUUUUUGUGGAUGGGAUGACUUGGCCUGAACUUGUGCGAGCUUACAUUGAAAGCGACUCAGAAUCCCAAAGCUUUCUUCAUGCAUGUGAAAGUGAAAAUUAUCCAUACAAAACAGUGGCUGAUAAACUGAAAACUUUACAGUUUCUUACUGAUCAAUUUCUGAGUUCCAAUGUUGUCAGAGAGGACAUCCUCAAUGAGGGUGCCAUUACCUAUGAUGAUCAUUGCCGCAACUGCCAUAAAAUGGGAGAUCUUCUCUGCUGUGAGACCUGCUCCGCUGUUUAUCACUUAGAAUGUGUAAAUCCACCGUUAGAAGAAGUUCCAGAAGAAGAUUGGGUGUGUGAGAUAUGUGCUGCUAAUCAGGUGUCUGGGGUAACGGAUUGCAUCUCUGAAGUUGAGAAAAGUGGUUUGCUUAUACGACACGAGCCACUGGGAUAUGACAGACAUGGUAGAAAAUAUUGGUUUCUUUGCAGACGAUUAAUAAUCGAGGGAGAGUCUGAAGUUUAUUACUUCAGUACAAAAGCACAAAUGGAGGAGUUAAUGCAUUGUUUGAAUUCUAAGUUAUGGGAAGCCGAUCUGUGUAGAGCACUAAGUGACCAGAUGUCAGAGUUAUUGGAUCAUAUGAAGAAAACUGAAGAUUUAACAAAUCAGGCCAGGGGAAAUUUAAAAUCGGCAUUAGAUAAUGCUGAUGAUAGAAUUCAAAAAGAGAGACUUGACCGAGAAGAAGCUAAUCGGAAAGCUGAAGAAGAAACUAAACAGAGAGAAGAUGAAGCUAAACAGAAAGUAGAAGAAGAAGCUAAGCAGGAAGAAGACAAUGCCAAACAAGAAGAAAUGCAAAAAGAUGUGGAAGAAAAGAUGACGGAAGGCAUGAAUACAGAUACCAUGGCAACACCAUCAGCUGAAAUAACUGUCAACAACUCUGAUGGCGAGAGUUUGCAAACCAACCAAGAUGUAACAGCUGCAGUUACAACAGAUAGCGAAUCUCAAAUCACUGACGUGUCAUCCAAAAUAUCAGAAGAUAGAAAAAAUCAUAUUGCUGAGGAGGAAAAGUCUAGCAGGUCAACAACAAAACAAUCCGAUACUAAAAUAGUCAGCAUUCAGUCUUUAAUACCUGGCGCCACUAAACGAGAACUAGAGAUACAAGAUAAAGAUGAUACUUCAACAAAAACAACGGAUACAGAUGGAAACAAAGCUACCCCCAAAACCUUUGUCUUUCUCAACAAAGAUGGUACAAAAUUAACUUAUGCUAUAUCAUCCAGCACCAAUACCAAACCUACCACAACAGCAGCCAGUACUACUGAUGCUAGUGACAAGCCAACUGAAGAGAAUAAAGUUGAUGAUUCAGAAGAAAAAAAUAAAGAUGAGAAAAAAAAUGAUGACAAUGAUGAGAAAGAUAAGGGAGAGGAACAAACAUCUCCAAAGACGUCUCCCACGACAACCAUCAUGACAAGAUCAAGAAAUCCUAACUACAAACCACCUCCUCCUAAAAGUACAUCAUAUGUCACAUAUGCUACUUCCAAAUCCGCUAAAAGUAUUGCUGCCAUUGCAAAUACUGCUACCAAGACAACAACAUCCACACCAUCAAGCUCAUCUUCCUCUGGUGAUACAAUAUUAGUGAUCAAUGCUCAAGGUGAAAUCACACGUGUAAAUACAACUAAAAAUGCUGAUGGUACCUUAACGAUAAACGCCAACAAUACUGACUCAUUGGUUGCUAAAAACCAACAACUUUUCAAACUUGGUAUGGAAGGGAACUAUAAACUGUAUAAGAAUGCUUACACUGCCAAUACGCUUGGUCUUAACAAGCCACAGCAUGCUGAAGAUCGAGAUAAAAGACGACAGUUAUCACAUAAAUUCAGUCUUACUCAAAUGAGUGAGUUCAAAUGGAAUGGUACAGUACAUGGAUCCAGGGUUCUCACUAUUUCUACACUUCGACUAAGCAUAACGCAGCUAGAGACUAAUAUUGCAGCUCCAUUUCUACAUUCUAACUGGACUAUACAUCGUAAUAACUGGGUGAAAGCUGUGCAUAUGUGCAGUACAGCCAGGGAGUUUUCCCUAGCUCUGGCAAUAUUAGAAUCUGCGAUUAAACCAGUCAUCUUUAACCCAGUCUGGAAUGAUAGUCUGGGUCACACCCGGAUGCAGAGGAUGACUGUUCUAGAACGGGAAGAAAAGAAGAAAGCUGACAAGAAGAAAAAUGAUGAUGACGAAGUUGAUAGAACUCACUGGGUGAGGUAUACAUUCAGAUUAAAACAUCAG